AUGAUUAUUUUUAGAAAUAAUAAUUUAUCAUUUUUUCAGAAGAGUGUUGGGAUUUCGACCUCCUUCUCCGGCGGCGACCAAGGACAAAUGGGGAAAAAACUUAAGAAGAAAACAAACCGAAAUGCUCAAAAGGAGAAACACUUUCCAACCUCUUCUCGAAACAACAUUUCAGAAAAAAUUCCAACAAUGGUAGUUGAUGGAGGGAAGGGGUACUUGAUAGAAGGGCAAGUAAACCAAGAGGCAAACAUAACAAGAAAAAAGGAAGUGGUUCAACAUCCGACUCCAAAUCCAUUUGGACAUUCCAAACAAAAUCAUCACCCUUUAGCUAUCCAAUUUGCAAACCCUAAUCUUCGUUUUUGUUUCCCUUGUAAUACCCUUAUUCCUGUUCAAGUUUCAGAAGAAAAUGGAGACGAAAAAGAUGCUUUUUCUAGUGUUGUGAAAGUACUAAAAACUCGCCCAUCAUCAGAAAAAAACACUCUAGAUGUUGAGGAUGUUUGGUUUGGAAAUGGAAGUGUAAUAACCGAGGUCAAAUCCGUAAAUACCGAAAUUACUCCAGAAAACAGUGGUGGAUUCUAUAUGGUAAAAGGUUUGAAUAACUUAGGCAACACUUGUUUCUUCAACUCAAUAUUGCAAAAUCUUUUAGCAAUGGAUAGACUACGGGAUCACUUCAUGAAACUGGAGACACCUGUUGGGCCUCUUUCGGUUUCUUUAAAGAAACUUUUUGUCAAAACUAACCCUUCAACAAUUGACAAAAGCAUAAUCAACCCUCGGCCUCUUUUCAACUCGAUUUGCACUAUGGCCUCUCAAUUUAAAGGGUACCAACAACAAGAUAGUCAUGAGUUGCUUCGGUUUUUGUUGGAUGGAUUGUGUAAUGAGGAGUGUAGCAAGGAUAAAAAUGUCCAAAAAGAGAAUCCUACUUUUGUUGAUGCCCUUUUUGGGGGACAAAUUUGUAGCAGUGUUAGUUGUUUGGAAUGUGGGCAUACUUCAAAUGUAUAUGAACCUUAUUUAGACCUUUCAUUACCAUUACCUACAAAAAAAUCUACAUCUAAAAAGAUGCCUUUAGUUUCUAAGUCCAAGAAACCAAACACACCUCCAAAAAGACGUGAAAAAAUCGAAACAAAAGUUCAUAAAGCUUCUGAUCCCUCACCACCUGCUACUCAAGAGGAUAUAAUGGAAAAAAUCUCUGGAAUUACAAUCACGGAAUCAGGGAUUCCGCCGGAUGAUUGCAAUGGUAACUCUAAUUCAUCUGAUAUCUUGUCAUGGUUGGAUUAUCUGGAGCCAACUAAGGCAUCAAGUGAUUCGUGGUUGGACUAUCUUGACCCUUGUUCAUCUAAUGAUCAUGAUAUGGUGUCCCGGAAUGGAAUCCAAGAUUCCGGAGAUGGUAACGAACAUAUUUGGGAAGACAUAGACGAGGCACCAAGAGUUCAGGAAUCGGAGAUUCUUUUGCUUCCUUAUAAAGAACUAACGUCAACUAGUAAUGGGAAUGAGAUUGCAGAAGAAGCUUCGGAUUUUGAUGGAUUUGGGGGUUUAUUUGAUGAACCUGAGGUUGAGGUUGUUUCUGGGCCGAGUGUUAAAAACAACAGUGAUUUUGAUUCCGAUGAGUUGGAUAACAGUGAUUGCCAGGUGUCAGUGGAUAAAUGUUUAGCUUAUUUCACAACCUCUGAGAUUCUUUCCAAAACCGAUCACGCUUGGCAGUGUGAGCAGUGUACAAAAGCAUUGUUGGAACAGAGGACAAGGCUGAAGAACAAGACAAAUGGAAUCGGAAUUGGUAUUCCAUCCGACUCUGGCAUUGAACACUCUUUUCCGAAUGGAAACGGAAUCCAAAGUAUUCCUUCUGAUUCUGGGGUUGAAGACUCUGUUCCAAAUGGGGUCGGAAAUGGAAAUGGAAAUGGAAAUAGGAAUGGGAAUGGAGUAGCAUCUGAGAUGGAAGAAAGGGGAAGUGAGGAAAAUGGUGGGAAUUCAGGAUUAUCAUCACAUCAUCAAAGUUCAGUUACAGAUUCUAAUGGACAUGAUUCCAAUGGGGUUGAAGAUGAGGUGGAUUCUAGUAGUGUGAAGGUGAUAAGGGAUGCAUCUAAGAGGAUUCUUAUUAGCAAGGUCCCACCAAUCUUGACCAUUCAUUUGAAGAGGUUAAGUCAAGAUGCUCGGGGGCGUUUAAGUAAAUUGAAUGGUCAUGUUGAUUUCAAAGAUACCAUUGAUCUUGAGCCAUACAUGGAUCCAAGUUGUUGUAAAGAUAAAGGGGGAGAGAGAUAUCAAUACGGGUUGAUAGGGGUGGUGGAGCAUUCAGGGUCAGCAAGGGGAGGGCAUUACGUGGCGUAUGUGAGAGGCGGUUUAAAAGAUGACUGGGUUUGGUAUCAUGCUAGUGAUGCUCAUGUCCGACAGGUUUCUUUGGAGGACGUUUUCGCAUGUGAGGCUUACAUCUUGUUCUAUGAAAAAAUGUAAAUAUUUUUUCAUUUUCUUGGGGAUCCAAUUCAGAAUAUCCCCAAAACAAAAAGAGACUUGAC